CUGGGACGACUGCGAGCAGUCAUCACGCGCACAAACACCCAGGAAGCUCCUAACAGAGGCCACUCAGCGGAGGGAGAUUGGAGGCAGCUGCAGUCGCCGCUUAUCGGGGCUUCCUGAGGUUUUCACUGACCUUUGUCAGUCGGACCGAGCGCGGACACGAAGUUCAGUCAGGGAUGGUGUCCGCGAGCACAGGCCAGUGUGGGUCUGAGCACUUUGCAGACCGGGGGAGGGGAGGGAUAUAGCUGCGAGGAGAACGUUCUUCCACCUCGAGGAAAACGAAAGUGAUUUCUGUGACUUUCCGUGACUGAACAAGUGUGCGUCUCUGCCAGCAGCACCGCGGCGCUGUGUUAUCCCUGCGGGCCGAGGUCCCUCAGUGUGCCACCUUCUCUGACAGAAACAUUCAUCAUCUCGAGAAGUGCUGCGUUUCUGCACCGCCGUCAAGCCUCGCUCAGCAGCACGCACCAUUUCCGGUCCACGCUGUGAAGUUAAAAGCAUUCACUUGAGCCGGAGCUGGGUGGUGACUGUUCCAUGCAACUAACUCUUCUCCCAGUCUUUCAUAUUGUGGAAAGCCUAACGUGGCCUUCAUUUUAAUAUAGUGUUACUUGGUUGGCACACGAUCUGUACCUAAUAUUUUAUUCCAGGAGAUUACAUUCGUAGAUUUUAAUUUACUCUUGUAUCUCUUGUGUUUCUUUUAUAUGUGCUUUGUUAAAGCCCUGUGAAUUGUUUUGAUGUUGAAAGGUGCUAUAAAAUUUAACUUUACUUAAAAAUUACUACACUAGGUUCACUUAGAAAUAGCCUAUGUUUAUUUGUCCCGUAUGUAAUCAUACAAUCUAUGUGUAUAACACAAAAACAUGUUGCACACUACUUUUAAAUUGACGGCUGCUGAGAUAAUGUACAGCUUUCAGUCCGGAUUAUAACCAAUAACCAUCGCAGCCAAACUACACUGGAUCAUAGCUGAACCCUCAACUCGGAGAGAUAUCAACUUUCUUAAGCUGCAUCCAGUGUCUGUCAGGAAAAAAAACGCUUUUAUUUUGGUGACGAACCGCCGCGCUUCCGGCGUCUGCUGCCGUGCCCGGUCGGACUUGACGCGGCUGUGUCUCCGGUGCUGAACUGUUAUGAUGUGUCAAUAAGUUAAAAGGUGGACGGCACCGAUGAUGAGAGGCCUCCUCCGGCACCUGAGCGGGAUUCCUGAGGUCAUCGUCAUUGCAUGACAAAGGCAGUGGCAGAUCCAUCUUCAUCACUCAUACAGCAUUUCCAUAGUUUCAUCUCCAGUGCGGUAGUACCAUGAAGGGUGGAGGAAGGGGUAAGGAGCCACCUGUUAUCGGAGAGGUCACUGGCAAGCGCCCCAAACGCAAAUGCCUUCAGUGGCACCCACUUCUCUCCAAAAAGGCUCUGGAUUUCUCAGAGGAGGAGGAGGAAGAAGAUGAAGAGGAGCUGGAGAAGCAGCCAGUGUUGUGUGGCCAGGACCAGGGGUCACAAAUGGAGUGUGGAAGCACAACAGAGGAUGUGGAGGAGGACUCAAAUGAACAACGAGCACGGCGGCCAAUGAACGCAUUCCUUCUCUUCUGUAAACGCCACCGGUCUCUGGUGCGACAACAACACCCUCGCCUGGACAACCGCGGGGCCACCAAGAUCCUGGCUGAUUGGUGGGCUGUGCUGGAGCCCAAAGAGAAGCAGAAAUACACUGACAUGGCCAAGGAGUACAAGGAGGCCUUCAUGAAAGCAAACCCGGGCUACAAGUGGUGUCCCACCACAAGCAAGCCAGUUAAGAGUCCCUCCUGUCCACCAGUCAGCAAUCCUCGCAAAAAGGUUUGGUCCUUCUCUUCCAACUCAUCCAAGGACUCCACCACUGCCAAAAAAGUGCCCAAAACUGACAGCAUGCCACAGUUAAACUUUGCCAUGGCAGAUCCUACUAAGAUGGGAGGCCUUAGCAUGCUGCUAUUAGCUGGGGAACAUGCCCUCACGAACAGGGAGAUCCCUCCCAGCACCAAACCUAGUUUACCCCACACAGCCAGUGAAGAGAACUGCUUUGCAGGGGAACAGGAAGAGAUGUUGUCUGGAACAGUACCGAAAAGAGGGCUUGAUGUUACUGAAAGCAGGGUUAAGACUGCCUUUUCCCCACCAGCAGAGUCAUCUCUGUCUGCGGCACCUGAAGGAAAACCAUGCAAACAGUCAGCUCUCUUCCAGCUUGCUGAGAUGUGCUUAGCGUCGGAAGCUGGAAAGAUGGACACAGUUGUGUCUCAGCCAGAGGACAGCUCCUCUGCAGCCUCUAUCCAGCAAACUAGAGUCAAACCAGAGAUCAAGGAAGAGAAAGCAGACACGAAUGACUGUCCUCCCUCCUCUCACACAUCAGCCCUCUUACCUUCAUCUUCUGUCAUGUCUACCUCCACUGAUGCCAUUCCCCAACAACCCAGCAGCCAAAAUUCAUGUGUCAAAAAGAAGAGCAAGAAAAAAGAGGCAACCAACUCACAUGAUAACAAUGAGAUUCCCUGCACAGCAAAGAAGAUCUUCAAAAAGUCGAACCCUGCAGAAUCAGACGCGGAUAGUGUUUUCAGUACGAUUGAAGCCGUGGCCAAAGGGGUGUGGAAGGACGCAGAGGAGAAGCCCAAGAAGAAGAUCCAGAGCGGUCCUGGCGGUGGUAACUCUGGUUUUCCCAAAAAAAAGAGCAAGCCCAAAGUCAAGACCUCUACGACAGAAAAGGAGGAGGAGAUGGAUACAGACAGUGCACAGUGUGCACAGUACAGUUCCUCUGAAAUGGAGAUACAGGAAGAGAUGAAUCACAUUAGCCCCAAGACAGAAACAGAGGAAGCAAAUAUUGCAAACACAGACCUUCAGGACAGCAUGACAGAACUCCAUCACUCCCCCUGCAAUUCUUCACCUGCUAAGCUCAAAGAGGAGGACAAGGGGAUGGAGAGGCAGAGUGAAGUGACCUUUGAGUCCAACAUGGAGAACCGCGGCUCAAGGAAGUCGGAACGGAGCUGUAAAGGAGCCUUGUAUAAAACUCUGGUUUCUGAGGGAAUGCUUACUUCACUAAGAGCCAACAUUGACCGAGGUAAAAGAGGAGCUUUCCGUGCUUCUGAUCAUGAUGUAAACUGGUGCGAUGACAGCUGGGCUGUUCCCCAGGUGGUACCUAAUAAUUCCAAGAAGCUGAAAAAGUCCAAGCCCAAAGAUGAAUCUUCACAGGGCCUAGGGAAGCUGGAGGAGGAGUUUGAAAAGAAAUUUAACAGCCUACCACAGUAUAGCCCCCUGACAUUUGAUAAGAAGGGCACUACUGUCAUAAAGAAGAAGAAGAGCGACAGCUCCACUGUCCAAGAGGAAGCCUUGAAAGUCGGAAAAGGGCCAUCUCCAUCUCAGAAAAAGACUUCAUUCCACAAGAUUGUUAGGAAGCACAGACAAAAAAAGGAGAAACCAGUGGACAAAGUGCUACAGAGUGAUUCCACCAUGCCGGAUUCAGCUUCAAAAGCCAAAUCAUGUGCCCCCGUUGCCACAAUGUGCCCAGAUUUGCAGGGCACCACUAGUAUGGAGAUGCUAGUUGGUAGCCAGAAGAGGAAAGCAAGGAAGACCAAGAUCACACACUUGGUCCGCACAGCUGAUGGCAGUGUGUCUCCAGUUGAGGAGGACAAAACUAGGGACCUGAACCAGGAACAGGAUAUGAAGCCAUUACACCAACAGAAUUUAUGCAAUGACAAAGGGUGCUACAGUAAUCCCAGAGAAGAGGAGACGGAGAGGAGCACCGUACCACAAGAGCUACCUGCUUUCUUCAGCUUGGCAGCCCUCGCUGAGGUAGCAGCCAUGGAAAACGUUCACAGAGGCCAGAGAGGCUUGGCUGAGAGUCAGAAGAAAGUUGCCCAGACUCCAGUCCUCAUCUCCUGUGCUGAUCAGUGAAACUCUGCUGCUGUUAUGAGAAGCCACAACCUGGACAUUGGCAGUGGAGCUUUAUUUCCUCAGUGGUAAGCCUACGCUGAAGGGAGACUUGAACAGGAAGCUUUGGAAGGACUCCUUCCUCCUUAUGGUGAAUUUGCUUGAGCUUGGGUUCACGGAGGGGAAAGACACCCUCUCCUCCUCCUUGCUCCUCGCUAUCUCAGUGUUUCCCUGAAGCCUUCCUUUGGUUUGAGGCAGGAUGCCUUUCUUCACCCCCCUUAGAUGCUCUGUUAGGGCCUGUGGAAGAACCAAGCUAUCUCUUAGUGCAUGGGUUCCCCUAUAGGGAUGGUUGUCAUGACUUUAUUGUACACUGUUUUGUCAACUAGAGGCCAUUUUUAAGGUCAAGUCUUACCAUUUAAAAAACAGAAAUUUAGGUAAGAAAAGACCCAAUAAUGCAUUGGUUUUUAUAGACAAACACAGCUUGCUGUCACCUUUUUACCUCACACACACGCCUACUGAAGAGCUCCCUACACCUCUGGUAGAAUACCUCCCUAUUUGAAUAGCUCUUAUCCCUUACAUGUCCUCCAGCUUCAACCCAAAACGAAUUUAACCAGGGUAAAUAAUCAUGAUGGAUAGGCAUCCUUAACAACUACUUGCUUAGUGUUUCCCUUUGGUGCACUGAUGUGGUGUACCCAAACUACAGCUAAUUCAUGGUUGAGCAUUUGAUAUGUAUGUCAAGAUGAUCCUACUGUAAAACAGUAUGUGGUAGCUAGAAAUAAUCAUUUUAGACUGAAUGUUUAAGAAUACAACUGUGCAUACCUUUGCAUUUGGAGUAGUGUUCAAUGUGUCCCUGUCUAGCUCAUGAAACAGUAAGAUUGCUUUGAAACUGCUUCUUGUUAUGGGGAGAUGGUGUGGAAGUGAUUCAGAUAUAGCCUUAACCCUCCCACCUAGACCCUCUUUACCACCACAAAGCCCUCAACCAGCUUCUUGCUCAAUACCAUCAUAGUCCCCAAGUCAGUUAAACAUUUUUGAAUAGUGAAAAUGCAGUUUUUGUCAAUACUUGAUCUUAUUGCAGUUUGCGUAGCAAUUAGAAUGGUCAGUUCCUUGUGUGCGACUUAUUUCAUGAGAGGUAUUUGUUUGUUUGUUUGUUUUUCAAUUACAUAAACACUGCACUAAUUUGUAGCUGAAGUUUGAGUCUCUCUUGGAAGGGUAAUAAAAUGCCUUGUCUCCACCAGAUGGUGUUCUUACUUUAAGGCCUGUCUCAAUAGUGUCUUGAGUGUCCUGGCUAAAGCCAGCCAAAAACUCCCAUGUAAAAGAUCAGGGGUUUGCCAAUGUAUAUGGCUUAAAUCUGUGAAUGGGUUUUUUUUUCUGUUUGUCUCAUAAAAUGAGCAAUUUAGAAAAAACACAUUGCAGAAAUAAUAUUUUCUGUUUAUUAUUUCUUGUGGAAAUCAGACUGAGCUGUGCUAUAGUCCCUUUUAGAGCUAAUGGAGACAAGGCAUUUGAUAAUAAUUUGAUAAUAACCUCCCAAUUUGUUUCCUUUUGGCCUUUUGAGAUUUUAUUGCCAAGUAAUGGUCUACUCAGAGGUCCCAUGUAAUCCAUGUUUUAAUUUGUAUUUAUCUGUGCUCUUUCUGUUUUGGAUUUAUUGUGUUACGUUGGUCAGGAUCAUUCCAGUUCCAUGCCGCUGUCCUGGCUGUACACUAGUUUGCUUGAUAAGCAGUAGUAAUACAUGCUGCAGGUGUGUUGUCUUCCCAAGGGUCGGUGGAAACCUGGAAGAGCUGCCACAGGCUUGUGGAGGCUACCUGAGAGCUACAGACUCCCCAGCAAUACCCCUCACCUCCUUAGCAAGCAGCUCGUAGUUCCUCUGUGUAGACCAAUACUUUAGUGCUCACAUUUUCGAUUCAGUCACAUUUAUAACGUUUAUAGCUUUGUCUUUUCUGUUUGAUUGUUUUUAUGUGCAUUUAUGAUGCUCUUUUUACUAGGUCCUCUUAAUGAACUUGGUUUUUCUUGAGGUCAAGUUUACUGGAUUAAGACUGUUCAAGAUCAAGCUCAUAGACAACUAAUGUAUCUGUGCUUACCUGCUAAGCAAAUGGGCACUAACAUAAAAUGCAGCGUCUCUUGACAAUAAGCUCUUCUUUUCACCUCUGGAGGAGUGUGUUUCACUGCAUCACCAUUUCUUAGACACUUAAUGUCAGGACCAACAAAAAAGAAAGUAAUGGGUCUUAGAGAACUUGUGGAUCUUGAAAAAAGUGUUUUUCCUAAAUCAAGGCAUUGCUACAUGUUAAUAGUGUUUUGCUAAUGUCGGCCCUUGUGUGCAAGUUUUGUAGUAGAUGCAAAAAAAAAUUUAUUGCUCGAGAUUUAUCCUUAAAAUCGAAUAAACUAUGUGCAAAUGUUUCCCAGUUCAGUUAAAGGAGACCACAGUAUGCUUUAUGAGAAUCAAAUAUUAAACAGAAUAGCUCAUAUAUAUAUUUUGGCUGGACCGCAACAGCACGGCAGGCUGCUAUAAACUUAUACGCAAGAGUCUGUGACUGACUGAGUGAUUGCAUUAUACUAUUGUAUACUGUUAGUGUUCCAACUUUCCCCAUUGGGUUUUCUUGCUCUCCUGAAAGGAAUUGGUGUGACCAGUUUCUAUUGCAUCGUAAGAGGUGUACUUAUGGGCAGUGUUGCCAACUUAGCGUCUCUAUCGUCUGCAAAAAAUCUUAGCUACUUUCUGUAAAAGACAGUCUCCAGUAUUGGUCAGCAAGCACAAAGUCUGGCUUUUCCUUUGUAGGCUAACCUCUAUGACUGCAGUUACAUAUUAGCGAAUUAGCUUCUAACAUUCUCUGAUUAAUCAUUUCACUCUGCCAUUCUUUAGUCUUUAACUCUUAUGUCUGGUGAUUUUGUCGAACGUCGUCCAAGUUAUAAAAUCCUGAUUUUAGCAUAGCAGUGUCUGCUGGGUAAUAUGUUGUUUUAAUAGGCCAUGCUUCUGUCACUGUUUCAUAAAUGUUCCAUUGUUUGACACAGAAACAGAAAAAGACAACAGCUUUAUUGUGAACUAAAAAAAUACUGUAUAUGUGAGCACAGAGGCUAGGAGAGUGGCAAAAAGGGCUGAAACCAGCUGACACUAAACAGAGUGCAAAUAUGACACCAUGACAUCAUGAAUAUGAGAUAGUAUUUUACAUCAUAUGACAUUUAGUGACUUUUCAAGCAGGAUUUUGCUACUUCCUACUGAAAGUAGUUGUUUACAGCGGUUCCUAUGUCCUCAAUGCGCGGUCCAGCCAUCUACUAGGUUUUGACCUUGUUCAGAUAUGUGAGAAAGUUACAUCAGGAUGUUAACAUCCAAGCAGUAAACUGUAUAGUUAUUCCACUGGUGGACAUCAGUGUAGGUCUUUGCAAGACAAAAUUGUCUUCCCCCAAAAUAGAGAUAUAUUUGCUUUUGAGUUUAUUGACAUUUGCCAAAGAAAGGAACACUUAUAUUCAAAUGGAAAUAUUGUCAAAAAAGAAAAGAAGGAAACAAAGCUAGCGUACCAGUUGCACUGCAUUUUCUAGGUGUGUAAAUCUUCAGGUAACAGUGUCAGCACAAUUCAUCCUAUGUAUCUAAUGGGCUUUCCUUGGUGUUUGAACCCAGAGUCGGAAUGAUGUGCAACAAAAGAGCACCACUCAAUGCCUCUUUUAGUAUACAGUAUUUGCACCUUAUGACCCAAACCAAAAUGAUCAUGAUCUUUGAAAAAAAUAUAUAUAAAUUUUUACCCACUCUCUAGAAAUUAUGCAUUUUAACAUUACAUAUGCGAGAAAUCAGUCAAUAACAAAUCCACACAUCUACAAAACAGCCAUAAUACUGUCAUUUCUCCACCCCCUCACUUUUUCUAUCUAGAAAAUGCUUCUAUAAAGUUGAAAUUCCUAUAUUAGUUACCUAAAUGAUUAUAAUACUCUUUGUGCUAGUACUGUCUUCUUGAAUGUAAUCAUUUUGUACCUGUAUUUUUCUAAUUCAGUCUUGAUUGUACUGUACGUAUGCUAUGAUGGUAUACUGUUCCUUAGGUGCAUAGUUACAACCGAUCUCAUGACAGGAUAGGUGCUGUGCUGCAGACUCAGUGGAAAUGUGUGAAGAUUUUAAGUCCGAAGGACUUACUGUACCAUGUGAGCAUUAAUGAGAGAUUCUGAGAGAUUCUUGCUGUUUGAGUGGCGGGACAAUAGCUUUCCCUGGUUUGCUACUAUUUUUUUUCUUUGCAGUAAAAGUGAAAGUCUGUUCAGGACAGUUUAUGAAACAGGGAUGCUCCUGCAAUCGGACAGAACAACUGAAUGCUUGAGUUUCAACUUAUUUAUUACUGUUCCUUUUUAUAGGUUUAGUGGAAUAAAGGAUCAAUGGAAUAUACAACUGAAUAUGCACCCAUUUAUACAUGAACGUGUAUAAGAAUAUCUGCCCUUUACUGGAAUGUAGAUCAUGGCUUUGUUUUGUUUUUUGUGAUGAGAUUAUGCCAGAUGUUCUGAUUCUAUUUCCUCCACGUAGUUUUUACAACAUUUGCUUAAUCUAAUUUAUCUUAUUGAUAAGCAUCAUGACAGAUAUGUUUUUUGAUUGUUACAGCUCACUUGUUCAAUGCAGCCUUACUGGAACCCCUGCUUAGUGAGGGAUCCCUCAACCUCCCACCAUCCUUACCCCACCCACAACUCCUAUGUCAUAACACUGUUUGCUGAUGCAACUAUUAUUCCUUUUACACUUUCUGCUGACGCAAUUAUAACUUCUUGAACACCUAUUAAAAUAACGUCUA